AUGAAAGGGGAGCCGCUCCGUGGACUCGGGGGAAGCCAAGCUGGAGUCACCCGUGGAGCGCAGCUCCCUGAUCAGCCGGAGGGGGCCGAGGACCGAGCCCUGAGCGUGCAGGCCAGCGUGGGGAACCGCAGCGAGGGGGAGGGGGAGGCGGGCAGCGCCGCUGACAGCCCCCAGAGCACGGCCGCGCCCAACGGCAAAGACUGGCCCGGCCCGGCGCAGGCCACCGAGUUCCAGGUCAAGACGCCCCGGGUGAACUGUCCUGAGAAAGUGAUCAUCUGCUUGGACCUGUCUGAGGAAAUGUCUCUGCCCAAACUAGAGUCCUUUAACGGAUCCAAAACCAACGCCCUGAACAUCUCCCAGAAGAUGAUCGAGAUGUUCGUGAGGACGAAGCACAAGAUCGACAAAUGCCACGAGUUCGCGCUGCUGGUGGUGAACAACGAUGCCACCUGGCUCUCCGGUUUCACCUCUGACCCCAGAGAACUCUGCAGCUGCCUGUAUGACCUGGAAACCGUGGUGUGCAAGUCUUUCAACCUCGAAGGCCUCUUCAGUCUCAUACAGCAGAAGAUCGAGCUGCCCGUGACGGAAAACGUCCAGACGAUCCCGCCUCCCUAUGUGAUCAGGACCAUCCUGGUGUAUAGCCGGCCGGCCUGCCAGCCUCAGUUCUCCAUGACCGAGCAGAUGAAGAAAAUGCUGCAGUGUCCUUAUUUCUUCUUCGACGUGGUUUAUAUCCACAACGGCGCCGAGGACAAAGAGGAGGAGACGAGCUGGAAGGAGAUGUACACGUUUUUCAGCAACCUGGACACCAAAGGCACCAACUACAAAUAUGAAGUGUCUGUGACAGGCCCUGCCGUAGAGCUGCACAACUGCAUGGCUAAGCUCCUGGCCCAUCCCCUGCAGAGGCCCUUCCAGACCCAUGCCGCCUACAGCCUGCUGGAGGAAGAAGAGCCAGCAGAAAUUGAAGCGACGGUGUAAUAAAUGAGCCUUCCCCUGUCCAGUUCUGUCGACCCAUGUCGCACAAUUCAGGGGGCCUUGUGCACUGGGUUAGGUGGAUGUAAAAAUCUGGAAACAGUUUUUUAGUUUAACUGCCCCUAGAACUGCUGUCUCCAGAAGUCAGAGCUCUACGGAAACUGUUUAGUAAAUGAACUUUCUUCAUAAA